AUGGAGGUUAAGAAGCAAAGGCAAAGGGAGUUGGUUGGGCGUGACCAAGUUGGCAAGUUGAGAUAUGAUGGUAAGGAUCAUCCAAGGCAGAGAGCCUGGUUCCCGAUGGCAGCAUAUCAAGUUGGUAAAAGCAUCGAAGAAGAUAAUACCAAGUCCAUCACUAAGCUUAUGCUGGCAAAUCGAAUGCCAACCAACCAAAUGAGUCCUUCGCUUAUUCUCCACAGAUCCCCACAGAAACAUACGGUUGUGGCUGUGGCUGUGGCUGUGCCUCUCCAGAUCCUCACAUGUAGAAACAGGGAGACUAGCAGACUGGAUACGGUUUCUCUUCUUUCACGAUACAAAAGAUGCGUUCUCUCUCCUCAGGCCCUUUUGAUCCAGCUUUCUUUAACUGUGGCUCCGAUCACAGAGAGAGCGCCAUUGGAACUAGUCAAUGUAUUUGAAAAUCCUGAGCUGUCUUCUUCGACAAAUUCACCUUUGCAAUUCGCAAAGAAGAUAAAUUCAAGCGAUAGCUGGGAAACAGGACCGGAUAUUUUUCUAAGUGACACUGUGAUACCAUCUUAA